AAACUCCUUGUUCCAGCUGAAUCGCAGAGUAUUCGGGUGCGGUAAGUUGCUUUGGAUUUUUCAGGUGUCAUUGGACUGGGCCUGGUGCUGGUCAAUGCUGGAAACUGCACUGCUCCGUUGUCGGAACGAGCUGUGACACUGCGCCCUGAGAACAACUAAGUAGCCUCCACAGCAACCCUUGCGUUUGCUUCUUUCUUCUCCCGGAGAAAUAAAUCUUUGGGAAAUCUUCACUUGACUGGCCAUAUCUCCCAAACAAUUUCGCCGAAGAUGUGUCGUUUCUUGGUAUACAAAGGCAGACAUGAGAUCCGUCUCAGCAAGCUGGUCACUGAACCCAGCCAUUCGAUCCUCACGCAGUCAUAUGAUUCCCGUCUGCGACUGGACAACCGCCGUCCGGUCAACGGCGACGGCUUCGGGGUAGGCUUCUACACGGACCCCAAACUGGGCCCGGAGCCAUGUAUCUUCACAUCCACGCUCCCCGCCUGGAACUGCGAGAACCUCGAGCGUCUCGCCUCCAAGACCUGCUCGAACUUGAUUUUCGCGCACGUGCGCGCAACUACAGAGGGCUCUCUCUCCGACACCAACUGCCACCCCUUCCAGCACAGCACGCUGAUGUGGAUGCAUAACGGCGGCAUCGGUGGAUUCCAGUACAUCAAGCGGCCACUGGCCGACUCCCUCGCCGAUAAAUGGUUCCUCGGCGUGAAAGGCGGAACCGAUAGCGAAUGGGCAUUCGCGCUCUUCCUCGACCUUCUCGAAAAGGAGGGUGUGGAUCCCAGCUCAGAUCCGGGCCCGGAGGGCUUCGGACAGGCGCUGUUGCGCCGAGUGAUGAUCAAGACGAUUGCGAAAAUCAACGGAUUCGUCAAAGACAUCCCGAAGAGACACAAUGUCUCGAACGUGGAGACCCGCAGUUUGUUGAAUUUCGCCGCCACCGAUGGCCACACCGUCAUCUGCACACGGUAUAUCAGCAGUAAGACGGAUGAACCGGCCAGUUUGUACUUCUCCUCUGGGACCAAGUGGGUGGAAGGGAAGGAUAAAGGACACUUCAAGAUGGAGCGACAUGACAAAGGGGCGGAUAUUGUCUUAGUGGCUAGUGAACCGAUCACUUUUGAGAGACAUAACUGGGUUUCUGUCCCUGCCAACUCCAUCGUCACCAUUCACAAACAGACCGUCCUGCUCCAUCCGAUCAUGGAUGAAUUCUACGUCGAGGAUUUGAACCAGAAUCGUUCCUCCUGCUAUGCGGUGUCUAAGGGCCUGGUGAGCACCGCCCCGGGCACCACCGUGCAACCGCAGAAUGCCGACACCGUGGACACCAAACCUGGUGUCAUCAACGACAGUGGGUCGAAGUUGGAUAGCGGUCUGGCCCCGCAGCAGAUCCAAAUCGCAAAUUAGUGCGCCAGAUAACAUUGACAGUGUAGUUAGACACGGGAGUUUUUGGGGUGCGGAGUUGGGCAGGUGGUAAAUCGGGGACAUACUAUUUCGGGACUAUUUCAUCAUGACUACUAUAUAAACUUAUUACUACUAGUAGGCUCGUUGCAGCCAUUCUUCAUCUGUAUGGAAUACUAUUAUUAUAAUC